UCCUCUGGUCUUAUGUUGACUACUUUUUGGGUUUAAUUUCUUUCUAAGAUUGUACAUUGUUCAUCCGUCCACAGGAUGUCGCUAUUCUAACUCAGAAUCUUAAGUUUUUCUUUGGUAUUGCUGUUUGCGCUCGGCUUCCCCUAGUGGCGACUUGCUGUAAGCAGCAGGCAGAAAGAACUUUUUAUUUCAGUUGGAAAAGAGGCCUUGAGGUGUUAAGACGUUGCACACCUCCUCUGCACCAUACAUCGUUGGGAACCCUUGACAAAACAAAAUCUUUUUACCACACACACACACGCACACGCACGUUCACGCGAAGAAAUAAAUGAGAGGAAGGAGUUUGGGCCUCCAUUUUUCUUUGUUGGUUUAGCUCGCUGCCAAAGUCGAGUAGCCAUACGCUCGGCUGAGGGCAGAAGAGUAAAAAGAUUUUCAACACAUCAAGCACCCAAGAUGUCUCAGCAAGAAGUUUCACCACCUAUCAGCCAAGUGGUCACCAGGUCGGAGGCCAGUCAUUCUCAUUCUUCACGCCGGUCCAGAACGAGUCAAGCUGCUGCACAAGCACGAGCAGACGCCGAAGCUGCCUACGCCAGAGCACGGUACGCCAAACGCCAAAUCGACAUGGAGGUCGAGAAGGCACGCAUCGAGGCAACACUACACGCUCUGAAGACGGAAGGUGAAGCAGAAGCAGCGCUCGCCGCAGCUAAAGUUUGGGAGGCGACUUUCGAAGAAGAGGAGCGCGCCAAAGUCGACCUCAGCGAGCAAGGGGUAUUUUCCAAGACACCCCCCUCCAUCAGGCGUGCACAAGAGUAUGUGCAUGCUCACUUUGACGACCAGCGUGUGCAAGCAGAUGGCACACAAACGCCAAACACUGAGCACCUGGUUAGGCACAAUGACUCUCAACAACCAGAAAAUAGCCCAAAAUCAGCUGGUGCUUUUCCACAUGUGCGUCACAUCGACAUCGCUGACGAAGAGCAUCUCCAAUCUCAUCGUGCGAGAACGGACAUCUCACACCAGCCUACACCUUCAGCAACCCCACAAAGUGAACUGUCCAAUUUAGCAGCCUAUCUAGCACGGCGUGAUCUGCUGACAUCGGGGUUCAAGGUUUUCGACAACCGGCCAGAGUCCUACCUGUCCUGGAAGUCCAUGUUCUGCAACGCGACGGAAGGCCUCAAUCUCAAGCCCAGCGAAGAGCUCGACCUUCUCACCAAGUGGCUCGGCGGGGAGUCUCUUCAACACGCUCAGAGGAUCAGGGCGGUCCACGUGAGUAAUCCACAGGCAGGUCUCCAACGUCUGUGGCAGCGGCUAGACAAGACUUAUGGCUCUCCAGAGGUAAUUGAAUCCUCACUCUUCCAACGGUUGCAGACUUUUCCAAGAAUCUCCAACAAAGACACUCACUUACUGCAGGAGCUUGCUGAUCUUCUGUUAGAGCUAUCGUAUGCCAAAAGUGAAAGUUAUUUGCCGGGUCUUAGCUUUCUCGACACACCAAGGGGCAUAAACCCGAUAGUUGAAAAACUCCCAUAUGGACUCCAGGAGUCAUGGGUUACACAAGGUACCAAAUACAAAAGGGAAAACGGUGCAGUCUAUCCACCUUUUUCGUAUUUUGUGCGGUUCGUAAAUGACUACGCUGAAAUGAGAACAGACCCUAGCUUUAUGUUACAGUGUUCAAACGUAAUAAAUCCAAGGGUUGAUAAGACAUCAGUAAGACGAGACAAAUACAGAGUUCCAUUGGCGGUGAAUAAAAUAGAGAUCAGUCCGGCUAAAUUGACAGCACUCGAUCCAGACAAACAAUGUCCUAUCCACCAAAAACCACAUUCACUCGUCAAAUGCAGGGGGUUUAGAAUGAAAACACUAGACGAAAGAAAGAACAUUCUCAAAGAGCACGCCAUUUGUUUUAAAUGUUGUGCGUCCACAAAUCACAGGGCUCGAGACUGUAAAGCUAUUAUCCAAUGCUCAGAAUGUGAUAGCGAUGCUCAUGUGUCUGCCAUGCAUGUCGGUCCACCUCCAUGGACACCUCAAGACUUUAAUCCCCCAACCCAGAGUCACGGCGGGGAGUCUGAGGGCCCAAAUCCUGUGAACACAGCCAGUUGCACAGAAGUAUGUGGGCAAGGCGGACCAGAUCUUAACAACACUCUCGUAGGAGUUCUGAUGCGGUUUAGGUCCGACCCAUACGCCGUUAUGGCAGAUGUGGAGCAUAUGUUUCACAACUUUAUAGUACGAGAAGACCACCCCGUAGGUGCGGUAGCCUACCUCAAACUCACAAAUGAGGACGGACACAGCGAAGUGGGAUUCCUCCUCGGCAAAGCACGUUUAGCUCCUAAACCAGACAUCACCAUACCCCGACUUGAACUCUGUGCAGCAGUCCUGGCCGUGGAAGUAGCAGAGUUGGUUCUAGAGGAGCUGGAUGUCACAGUCGAUCAGCUCUCCAGCUCCACCUGGCUCAGAGGCCCAGCUUUCCUCUCCAGGUUGGACCAAAGUCAAGUUCGAAGUCAAACCUUCGAUCUCAUAGACCCAGAGACUGACUGUGAGUUGCGUCCUGAGGGCUCCUUAAAGUUGGAGGCCGACUAA